GAGAGAGAGUCAUACAUAUGAACACGGCAGUCUCAUAAAGAAUCAGUGAUCAGUGCAGACGGCUAAAUACAAGAGUGUGCGUGGUUGUGGUGCUGAGAGGAGACUAGUUACGGCUGACACGUCCGCACUGAUAUACUUGUGUGUAGAUAGCGCGAGAAAGUGGCCCAGAGAGAGGGGAGAGAGGGGGGAAGAGAAGUAGUGUCUCAGUAUUUCCUCUUCUAUAAAAUGCACCUUGCGUGGCAGUGGUGGGCGGCGGUGUGGCUGGUGGUAGUGGUGGCAGCCCUGACGGUUAGUGGCAGCGAGAAGUGUGAGGACGUCACCAUUUGGGCAGAGACAACCAAGUUUCGGAAGGUCCCUGUUACUUUACACAGACACUGGAUGACCUAUUACUCGACGAACCAGUACCUGACAGAGUUCGUCGUCUCCACCAAGUCCAUCCCUUACUUCGUGACGCAGACCCAAGUGAUGCCGAGUUACGUGACGAAGCUGGCCACUCUGCCCCAGCACGUGACUCAUAGCGUGUACACCACCUACGUCCACACCGACACGUACUCGAAGAAGGCUUACUACACGAUGACGGUGGAGGUGACGCAGACCCUCACGGAGACUGUAUGCCCGGUGAAGGAGCCUGACGACUUCAUACACUGAGAGGGAUGGAGAUAGAUAGAUAGAUAGAUAAAGAGAUAGGUAGAUAGAUAGAUAGAUAGAUAGGCAGAUACAUAGAUAGAUAAAUAGAAAGAUAAAUAGCUAAUUAGAUAAACAGGAGGUAGAUGGAUAGG